CAAACACAGUACCUCGUGUCGAGCCUCCGUGAGUAGAACCAGGCGGUGCAGGGGUAUAAAUACCGCGGGUCCGUAUUCCCUCGCUCAUUGUCCUCUUCCCACCUUUUCUGGCUCACUGACUCAUCCUCCAUCAUGCGCCCGAACUACUAUUCCCUGAUGAACCAACCUCAACAGCCGGCCUCUGCGCCGACGGCGCCUACACGCCGCCCCUAUCCCGACGAAGACUGCCAGCCAUUCUUCGGCUCGUUCGACAGGACCACCGAGAUACCCUACCUUCUGUGGCACGACAACUUCGUGGGCAAGAUACAACUGAUGAGCACCGUACACUCGAUGGACCGAACCGUCAUGGAGCGCACCAUGACUGAGCUUUGCCACCACUGGGCCGUCUUCGACUACCUCGUCUGGGCGCGCAUCCUCGGCUGCGGGGACAGCGCCCCGAGCCCGGCGCUGCUCUCCCACCCGACCGCGCAGAAGCACGUUCACCACACGCUGCUCAUGUGCAAGGCGUUCGGGGCCUUCUGGGCGAUGUACCACGCGCAGAAGGAGGGUGUGGCGCUGCCGGAGCUUGUGAAGGCGGUUGCGGACGUGCGGGCGUGGCAGUGGCAGGCGGGGAGUGGCAUGGUAGGCCCGGGGAAGGUCGCACGCCCGGGGUGGCAGCAUAAUCAGGCGACGCACAGGCAGCAGCCAAGAGCAGCGCGCAUAGGAGCGUUCGGGCCCUCUCAGCCUUAUGGGAAGACGAGCGCAACGCCUCUACUGACACCGCAUGCGUUCUCCAUUGGUCUAUGCUCACGAAGCUUGAAGGUGCGCCAUAAGCUCGUUGCAGACGCACUGCCAUCAGAUCUCCAUCGAAUUCUAUUCAAUGUCGCAUUGUCGAUAGGCUGCGUGUUCAGCGCAAUGACAUGCUACGCCGGCUAUAGCGGCCGUUUUCGCAGCAUGGCAGCGUUGCUUCUCCCACCGAUGCAGGCCGCUGAGAACCUGCUCUUGUUCCAGGAACCCGUCACUCUUGGAGGCGCGCUUGCGCAGACUCUGCCAAAGAUUGCCGCACUAGACGAGACGACAAACGUAACUCAUGGCGCUCAAGCGUUCGUUUCCUCUCAGCCUUCCGGGUUCCUGGGCCAACCUCCUCCCGGCAUGCAAGCCUCUUUCUGGCCCCAGAAUGAAAACUCACAACAGCAGACAUUGACGUCGAGUCGUGGGUCAAAUAAUACAUGGGGAACGAACAUUCCUCCGCGCCUCACACAACAGAAGGCUAUCGCAGCUGGGCUGCAAGGUUUUGGGUCCAUUCCCGCCUCUGUCAUAGCCUCGACGGGCGCUGUCAAUAGCAAUUCGCUAGCAAUGGUCUCGCAAACGCAGCAAGCCCAGCAGUUGACCGCAUCAAAUCUCGCAUUGCUUCAAGCGCAAGACAAUCUUCCGCCUCCCCCGGGCCUCGCGCCACGGCCAACUCACCAGCGCACCGAAUCGAUGUCCAAGUGGCAGCAGGAAGUGCAAGCCUUCGCUGUCCAGAAGCAGCAAGAGGCGAUCCGAAAACAGCAAGAGGCCGCGCGCAAGCUGCAAGAGUCCGCCGCGCGCAUGCGCACCGAGGAUCAGCAAGCGAUGAUGCUGCGCGCGGAGAUGCACCAGCAGGCUGUGCGCAAGUGGCAGGCUGAGCAGGAGGCUGAGCGUCUCGCGCAUGAGCGCGCGGCGACUGUCGCGAAGCACAUCGUAUUCCUUGUCGAGCAGUGUCAAUCGCGCUUCGGGGACAGCGUCGCAGCGACCCUGCAGGCGAUUAAUGCUUAUGCUUUUGCGGCCUCGCUGUGAACCUCGCCCGCCCAUAGGCGGUAGUUCCCUUUCUCCCUUCUCCAUUUCCUCCUUCCCUUUCUCUCCGCUCUGCCGUCCUUCUCUACGCCUUAUUCCCGUGAAAUCCUUGCUUGUUCAUGCUUUCUUGUACUAUGCUUUGCUCUGGGCUGCGAUUGACGCCGUGUUUCCGUGUACUUGAUAUCCAAUUUCUCCCAACUCUCCGCAUUGUACGCUCGUACCCGUUCAUCCUCUACUCGGACCAGCAGUGAUUCAAAUACAACUUAUCUUCACCCACACAUGUACUACUUGAGUACUUCACACUUUUGACUUGGAACGCACGAUAGCUUUAGGACCAAAUAGACCAAAAUAUGUG